AUGCGAGAAUUUGGUAAAUUUGGUCCGUUAAUAGGAACUGUAGAUGAGGGAACCUCGAAUGUGAAAUUUUUGGUAUUUGCAGCUAAUACAUCUGAGGUGUUAACAUUUCAUCAGGUAUCUUUAAAUCGGUUUAGUCCCCAAGAAGGGUGGAUUGAACAAGAUGCCUUAGAAAUCUUCAAUGCUGUUUUGGAAUGUAUAGAGGUUGCUGUUGACAACUUAAAAAAAUUAGAUAUUGAUCCUGGUGAUAUUGUGGGCAUAGGUAUAACAAACCAAAGAGAAACAACAAUUGUAUGGAAUUCUAUGACAGGGGAACCUUUGUACAGUGCUAUAGUGUGGUCAGAUAACCUUACCGGAGGGUGUAAUGGAGGAGUACAUGCUACAGAUGUUACCAAUGCCUCACGCACUCAACUCAUGUCAUUAAGAAGUUUACAAUGGGACAAUAGAUUGCUAAGAUUUUUUGAUAUUCCAAUACAAAUACUGCCAAAGAUUAAAAGUUCCUCUGAAAUAUAUGGUUAUAUUUCUACGGGAUCUCUUCUUGGUACUCCAAUUGCUGGGUGCUUGGGAGAUCAACAAGCAGCUCUCAUUGGUCAGAACUGCAUGAGUUUUGGUCAAGCCAAAUGUACAUUUGGAACAGGAUGUUUUUUGUUAUAUAAUACAGGAGAGUCAAUUGUGCACUCACAAAAUGGGCUACUCACUACUGUAGCUUUUAAAUUGGGACCCGAUGCACCUCCAAUUUAUGCUUUGGAAGGAUCCGUAGCAGUGGCAGGAGACACAUUACAGUGGUUGCAGGAUGGUUUAGAAAUUCUAAAUGAUAUAUCGGAUUCUGAGACGCAAGCUGCAGAAGUGAAUGAUGAUGAAGAGGGUAACAUAUGCUUUGUACCUGCUUUUAAUGGUUUAUUCUCGCCAUACUGGAAAAAAGAUGCACGGGGGAUCAUUUGUGGGCUGAGCGGUAGAACGCGAAGCGCGCACAUGGUCCGUGCUGCCUUGGAGGCGGUGUGUCAACAAACGCGCGCCCUUUGCGACGCGAUGGCGGCCGACAGCGCGCCGCUACGCCGCCUACUCGCCGACGGUGGCGCCGCUCAAAACUCGCAGCUAAUGCAAAUGCAAGCCGACAUCGUCGGUAUACCUGUAAUACGUCCGUUGAUGACGGAAAGUACGGCGCUCGGUGCGGCAAUAGCGGCGGGCAGGGCGCUCGGGGUUUGGCCAUCGACAACGCCGAGUCCGCCCGCAGAUACCUUUAUACCAGCUAUAUCUAGUGAAGAAAGGGAAGUCCGGCGAGUGCGAUGGGAAGCGGCGCUCAACAGGUGCAUGGGAUGGGCCACCGGUGACAGUGAUCAGCACAAAAUUGAAACUGAUGAGGUUGACAAUACAACAGCGGUACUGCCUCCUGGCCUUUUCUUUCUUGGCACAGCUUUGUUAGUGGUGAUAGCUGACAAAUUGAAGAUUAUU